AUGAUUCCAAUACAAUUACUUUGUGCAGCUGUUUAUACUGGUACAUAUACAAACGACAAGUGGGAUCAUGCGUAUGAAACUAACAGCAUUGGUGGAUUAUUGGGUGCUAGUCUAUCGUCUCUUGGUGAUUUCGUAAUUGCACCAAUAUUUAAUCGUAUACCACGUUUUCUGCAUACAGUUAUUGGUACUGUAGUAUAUAUUCCAUUAGCUAUUGUUGCUGCACAUAAAUUUAAUGAUUCAUUAACAUCGAUUAUGGGUGUAUCUUCAUAUUUGUUUACGAUACUCAUUGUUAUUGAAUUGGAAGAUUAUCUAUUAUUUCGAUGUUGUUCAUUUAAAAAUUAUAAUUUUGAUAUCUUGGAUAGUUAUAAGCUAUUACCAAUUAGUUUAGCUGCAAUUCUAUCUGAAAUUGUUGGAAUUAUUGGUGCUGCACUUGGAAUGUCACAAACUUGGUUUAAUGGACCAAUUGCAAAAGUUAUUGCACGAGAUACUGAUGCACACGGUGCAGAUGUUGGCUUUGAAGUUGGAUUGAUUUUUACAACAGUCACUUAUCCAUUAUUGAGACUCAUUGAACUAUAUUUUGUUGAACGGUGA